GUGGGUUAGUAUCGUAGUUCCUCUCUCAAAAUGGAUGCAGAUGGCGCCCUUUCUUAGUGCUGAUAAUCGGUGUCGCCGAAAACGCCGUGUUGGCCGCUUUCAAGUUCCUCUUUGGUACUGUCCAAGUAUCAACUACUCGGCACGAUGAAAGCUAAGGGUGAAUUAAAAGAAUUCGAGGUAAUAGGGCGUAAGCUCCCUACGGAAAAAGAAAAAACUACGCCACUGUACAAAAUGAGAAUAUUCGCCCCUGAUGCUAUUGUUGCGAAAUCCAGAUUUUGGUACUUCUUGCGUCAAUUGAAGAAGUUUAAGAAGUCUACCGGAGAGAUUGUAUCUCUUAAGCAGAUACCGGAAAAAACAUCUGUUAAAAUCAAGAAUUUUGGAAUCUGGUUGAGAUAUGACUCUCGUUCUGGUACACACAAUAUGUACAGAGAAUAUAGAGAUCUCUCUGUCAGUGGAGCUAUAACUCAAUGUUAUAGAGACAUGGGUGCACGUCAUCGUGCAAGAGCACAUUCUAUACAGAUUAUUAAGGUGGAAAUUGUAAAGGCUGCAAACUGCCGCAGACCACAGAUCAAGCAAUUCCAUGAUUCCAAAAUUAAGUUCCCUCUACCUAAAAGAAUCCACCACAGAAAUCGAAUGCCACUGUUCAGUGUUCGUAAACCGCGUACUUAUUUCCUUUAAAUACUAUGUACAUAACAUUGUAUAUAUCAGUAAAGGGAAUAAAUAUGCAUUUAAAAUAUAA